CUUUUCCACAGAGGAAGCAGAGAGGGGAUACAAGAGAAAAGACUGUAGCACAGUGGAGCGUGGUUCCUGCAGCUGAACCCAGUGAGGAAAUCUGCUGGUCACAGGAUAAUCUGGGCCUUUUUUUUAUCAACACUCAUGGGUCAGUUAUUCUCUGAUACAUCUAAGAAUGAAGACUGUGGAGAUUUGGAGUCCAGCUUUACAGCAUAUUUUAAGACUAACUCAGAAAGCAAAAUCAUUCCCCAGGAAACCAUCGAUUCAAUUGAGUUACACCUGACAAAAGGAAACAUUCAGGGGGCAAACUCUGUAAUCAGGGAUGCAUUAAAAAAUAUUGAUAAUGUCCCAAUCAACAUUGCUGUGACCGGAGAGUCUGGAGCAGGGAAGUCCAGCUUGAUCAAUGCCCUGAUGGGGGUGGGACCUGAAGACGAAGGUGCAGCUGAAGUUGGGGUGGUAGCAACAACUAUGAGGAGAACUCCAUACAAGCACCCCAAAAUUCAAACUUUGACUUUAUGGGACCUGCCUGGCAUUGAAACUGUGAACUUUCUACCAAAAGAUUAUCUGGAGAAAGUGAAUUUCCAAGAAUAUGAUUUCUUCAUUAUUGUUUCUGCCACACGUUUUACAAAACUUGAACUAGACCUUGCCAAAGCAAUCAGAUUGAUGAAAAAGAAUUACUACUUUGUGAGAACCAAGGUGGACACUGAUUUAGACAAUGAGAAGAAAUGCAAUCCACAGACCUUUGACAGAGCAAAGACCCUGCAGAAGAUCAGAAGCAUAUGUGUGAAUGCCUUCAGUCAGAAUAACAUGGAUGCUCCACAGAUUUUCUUGAUUUCUAACAGCAAUUUAUCUGACUAUGAUUUUCCAGUCCUGAUGGACACACUGGUAAAGGAUCUUCCUGCUCAAAAGCGCCACAAUUUUAUGCUUUCCUUGGCUAAUAUUACGGAACCAGCCAUUGACAGAAAGCACAAGUCUAUGCAGCAGUAUAUUUGGUUGGAAGCCUGCAAGGCUGGACUCUUAGCUACUGUUCCUGUAGUGGGCAUCCUCAGGGAUGAUGUGGAGAAGCUGAAGGAGAAGUUAAACCACUAUCGAGUCCGCUUUGGAGUGGAUGAUGAAUCCCUGGAAGUCAUUGCUAAGGAUUCUCAAGUGCCUGCUGAACAAUUGAAAAAAAUGAUUAAAUCCCCUUAUUUGUUGGAAACAGAAGGAGAAACAUCUUUAGGAGAAAUGCUUUUGAAAUAUUUGGAGAAAUUUGCCUCAGCUACUGGUGGGCCCUUGGCUACAGGUCUCUACUUUAGGAAAACCUUUUACUUGCAAUAUCUAUUCCUUGAAACAGUGACUGAAGACGCCAAAGUUCUCCUUAGACAAAUUUAAGAAAGUAGUUUAAACUCACCUCAUCCACAGCUACUGACCAUGACAAGAUCAAAUGAUUACUAUCAAGAAGUCAUUAGAUGAAUUCCCCCUUCUGACAUAUUUUCUUUACUCUAGCCAAACGACUGUCAUCAUGGAGACACCUAAAGAUAUGGACCCUGCUUCUUACUAUGUCACAGUCUGACAACCCCAGUCCCUCUUCACCUCUCUCUACCCUCCUUCCUGUCUUUCACUCCACCUGUUGAGGAAAAUUGUUUUAACUGGGCAAAGAUGUGUUACAUUUGUUUAUGUUGCAGAAUAUGGCCUUAACUGUGUAAAAAGCAUGGUACAUUUGGCAUUCCAAUGUGGGGCCUGUAUUUUCAUGUAGCUCCUAAAAAAGCUGAGAAAAAAGAAAAAAGAAAAAAAAAAAAGAAGCCACAUUUUAGUAAAACCAGCCAGAGUUAGGCCCAGAAUUCAAUGCUAAUAACUCUGUGUCAUAAUUUGGGAGCUGCUUGGUGGCCCAAAACAAACCCUGGUACAUUCACCUGCACACUUGAACACACACACACACACACACACACACACACACACACACACACGGACAAACAUGCACACAUCCACGAAUGGACACAUACAACACCCAAAAUGAACAAACACACACAAAAGAUAUGAAUAAGUACAUUGUAGCUAAUUCCUCCUAAUCAGCUAAUCAAGCAUUCUAGUGGAAUCUCAGGAAGCUGGAGGCACUUGCCAUGCAUGUAUGAGGACCAGAGCUCAAUUGCCAGAACUGAUAUAGAAGUUCAGUGAGUGUGGCAGUCGCUUUGUACUUCCACACUCAGAAGGCAGAAACAGUGGAAUCAUGGAGCAGGUUGGCUUGCUGGACUGUGUAGAUCUAUAAAGCUCGGGAUUCAAUUGAUAGAACCUGCCUUAAUGGAAAAGAUAGAAAGUAACUGAGCCGGAGACCCAACAUAAGCCCGACAUGUCCACACACAUGUAAACAUGUACACCCCACACAGGGACACAUUUUAAAUAUAAAAUAAAAAUAAGAUUCAGGAAUGAAAUAAAAUCUCAAGUCUUAGAAAGUAUAGAAACAUAAAAGUUUCACGAAGCUCUCCUCAAGGUUAACAAGUAGUCUGUACAUUGUAUUAGUUUGUAUCUCUGUUAAUGGGAUUAAACACUAGCUGUUGGUACACAGUCAGUGAAGGAAGCUGUGUGAGGAGAUUCCUGAGAGCUUGUGAGAAAACUCCAGGACAAAGACAAAAAGACAAAACUACCUGGCUAAAACCGCCAUAAAAUUUACAUAUUUACAUACAAGUUUUUUGUAACUUCUGUUCUUCCACAGCAUGGGUUUUUUUUGUGGAAUGCGCUGCCCUGCCCCUCUGAGGUGGAAUAAACAGGAGUGGGUCUUACUGUAGAUUACCCAUCAUCUUACCUCUAGUAUUCAGAAUGAUGUUUCCAGACAGAAGUUGUCCUCCUGACUCUAUACUACAUAAACCAAGGGGAGCUUGCCUUUGUGAUUGAUCACAGCUUGAACUUAGCUUUGCUCACAUGAUCUUGCUUGAUCCACAAAAUGCCCUCAGAAUAUAAAUUGUCUGAUUCCCUGAAUAAAGUUGGUUUUUGCAUGAGACUUUAGACCACCUCAUUUUUAGGUUCCACUCUCCUAAGUUCAUGCCCCCAAAUACAGCAGAAACACUAAGUCACCCUGAGGGAGGAAAGUAUUUAGUUGGCUGGCAGGUUACAGCCUAUCAUCAAAAGAAGCCAGGGAACUGAAGUGGAGACUGUGAGGGAGCACUGCUUACUGACUUGCUCUCCAUGGCUUGUUCACCCUAUUUUCUCACACACCCCAGGACCACAUUCCUCGGGAUGGCGCUCACCACAGUGGGCUGUGUCCUCCUACAUUAUUUAUCAAUCAAGUAAAUCCCCCAGAGAUAUUCCCACAAGCCAAUCUGAUUAAAGGAAUUCCUCAAUUGAGAAUCCCUCUUGCAAGUGAGGCAAUGGGGUUCGUGCCUCUAAGCCCAGCACUCUGGCUUAUUUCUUAUUUCUUAUUUACAGGUAUGAUGGUUCACGUUGAAGUCUCCCUGGUCAAAGCCACCAUCAUAUCUGGUAGAUUAAUACAGGUUCCCAUAUAUCUGCCACAUUUCUUUUCUUCCCAUUGUCAAUCAUUCUUCUAGGAAACCCUCAGUACAGCUGGGGAGGAACCUGCACUAGACAGGCUUUGCCCUUCAUUUGGGAUUGUUUGCGUUUGCUUAUAACAAAAGAACAUGGACAAUACAUUUUAGGAAAAAAGAAAAUCUAAAUUCUUAAAAAAAAUCUUUUCUGGGUGUGGGGUUAGUAUGAAUUUUAUGUGCAAUACAACUGAGCUUUUGAAGACUCACUGUAAGGAAGGGCUGUUUUGAAAAGGUUCAGGUCCGUUGUGACCCAGAGUAAACCACAGCAUCAUUUUAGGCUGUUUGAAGGCAGUUCUGUUUGGAGCGGCAGUGAAAUGAUGGCCCUCAGGGUCUGUGGCACCUAGGACAUAAGCCUACAUUCCCUCUUAAGGCUCAGGAGAAAACAGAUCACAUAUCCAUGGUCUGUGACUCAGACAUAUGGCUCAAUAGCUCAUUUCCAUGAGAAUAGAUGUGGCAAUAACUCUGUCCCUAUGGAACAGAGCACAGCACUGCCAUGGCUCUAACAGGAAACAGAUGCUCCAGAGACUCACACUCGGUAUAGAACAGGACUCUAUUCCAACAUGAGUCAUACUUGUCCAAAGGACAGCAUUUCAGACCCACAGUGAUGAGCCCUGCUGCAGUAGUGACUCUGGACCCUUGGAUAAAGGGACAUGGCAGUCACUAGACUCUUUAAUGCCAGUGGAUAAAAUAAGAAAAUGGUAGGGCAUAGCUGGGCCUUGGGUCUUGAGGUCAUGCGGAAGUGAUCAAGGUUUAGAUAACAAGAUUUCUGCAGAAGAGCAGGGCAGGCGUUCUUCCCAUUGAGAUUGUUCUUUGAUCAAAUCCUCAGUCACAUAAAACUUACUCAGCAGCCUGAGUAGCACUCACCAAUACUGUGAAUGUUAGCCACAAAACAGGAAGUUUUCUGGUUGGUGCCAACGUAUUUCUAUGUCCUAUGACCAAAGUAUAUGGUGUCUUUAUCAAUAGAUUCUUGCCAUCAGAUUCUGGUGGGAAUUCAAGAAUGAAGGCAGUAGCCUGUAUUGUUUUGAGGUCUUGGGGCCUUCCUGAUCAACAACGGAGGGGCAGGUAUCACACAGCUGACACUGAGUUCUGUUUGACACCUCCAAUAGCUCUUCUUGUUGCGAACUUCAUUCUAGAAAUAACCAAGUUCUAGACUCUAUCUGGAAUGAAGUAUAAUCCAGAAAUUGAGGGUACGUCUGUGAGAGAUUUUAUGCUGGGGUUAAGAUGGGUGAGUUCCCUUCUAGUCUGGACCUUUGAGGUAGGAAGACAAGAGAUUUUAAUCUGUCCAUGCUUCCUGCUGACAGCAUAUAUAAGGACAUAGAAGGAGGCAGCUUUUGCUGCUUCCCUGGUUGCCCUCACCUCGCCAGCCCAUCCAUUCCCUCACUGGCAUUGGAGUCUGUUUCGUGGGGAUUCCAGAGUAUUCAGAAGACAAGCUGAGACCUCAGCCCUGUGGGACUGAUGAAUUUCUAGAUUCUUGGGUUUCCUUUCACAUCUAGUCAUUGUUGGAUUAGCUGGACUGCAGCCUGUAAAUCAUUCUAAUACCCCCCCUUUAUAUAUAAAGAGAGAUUAAUUCUAAGUUCUGUGACUUUAGAGAACCUGAAUGAUACAAUAAGCUCUAUCUUCUUGGACAAGCAUCACCCCCUCAUUGCGGCAAACAAUAACUCCAGUUAAACUCCUUAAGCACACAUAAAAGGUAGGAUCCAGUACAGUGUUGUCAGACGUCCUCAGUUAGUGAAUCCUUCUCUCACUCCCUCCUCCUCUGCCCUGCCCUCUGACCUCUUCCCCAUUAUUCUCCUUUCCCUCUUCAUACCCCUUGUGUUCUACUAAUCUCCUCUGUAUUAUUCAGAAUUCUCUAGAAGAAGAGAAUUGUAGAAGUCAGCUCAAUUCGGGAAAUAAUCAUGCUAGCUAAAGGAUAAAACAAUUAUAUUUUUAUUUAUUAUAAGGGGAAAACUCACAAAACAGGAACAGAAAGUCCAAGCUUAGCGGUGCCACGGGGGAACCACAUACAGAGAGAUCACCUGGUCCCUGUCCAUUUUUUCUCUGGUUCUCUGAAAGCCAUACCCUAACUUGGUUCCAUCUCUUAAAGAUGAUUGGUUAGCAAAGUUUCCCCCAUCAGAGAAUCAGAGGAAUGAUUAGAUAUCUAAUACAUGUAUAAUAUAUAGAAUAAUAUAUGAAGAUAGCUUACAUUGUAAUAGCAUCAACACAUGAUCACAGCUGAGAGACUGAGAAAUUGCUAGUUGUUCCACACUUGGGGCAUGCCUUAGCAGUUAGGGUCAUCCCAUAUUGACUGUCUCUCACUAGGCAGGACAACAACCCCAUAGUUGCUCAAGGUACAGGCUGGGUCGCUCCACAAUCCCAAUCUGGAGCUGAAAUUCUGAAAGUGUCCUGAUGAUGAGGCCAGGGUGGAAGCCUGGAAACACUUGUUCUGGUAUCAGUGAGGGAACCAGCAGCAGAGACAGUGUAAGUGAACAUGCAGCAAUAAGGAAGGCCAAGCCAGUACAAGGCAAGUGAUUGCCCCCUGCCUUUCCCUUUGCAUCUGGGUGGUUCUUCUACCAUCAACCAAGGCAAUUAGGACACUUUUUCAGGUGAGGGUCCCUAUUAAGGGAAUCUAGUUUGUGCCAUGUUGACUUUAAAAUAAACCACAAUACCCUCCAUUAAGAUCUUUCUUUCCUUUGUGCAGUGACUCCUUUCCAGUUUCCUGGAGUCUACGGUUAUUCCAAGUGAAUCCCUCAAAUCUAAAAAUCCAAAACUAGGAUCGAUAUAUGACUUUAAAAAAAUAGGUACUUGCUUUUCUAAGUGUGGGUUACAUCACUCAACAUGCAUUGAAGAUACAUCCAUUUGCUUGAGAAUUUCAUAAUUGUGUUGUUGUUGUUUACCACUGAAUAAUAUUCGUUAACUGAUGGACUUCAAAACUCUAUUACUUGACUACGGUAAAUAUGGUCAGAAUGAACAUGAAUAAGUACAUGUACCUAUGAUAGGAUACAGCGUUCUUCUUGUUGACAAAACAUAACCAGCACGAUCUUGUGGAACUGGUCAGCAUCAGAAGAUAACUGAGUCUGCAGCAUAGAGAACACAGCGCUAAGCGCACAGACACCUCUGUUCUCUUGGAACUCACUCUCUACUCCUCCUUUCAGUUUCCUGAUUUACUAACAGUCAUGAGGCAGUUCUUCUCUGAUGCAUCUAAGGAUGAAGACCAUGAAGAUUUCGACUCUAGCGCCACUGCCUAUUUUAAAAAAUUUAAGGCAGAGAACAAAAUUAUUUCUCAGGAAACCAUCAGGUCUAUUGAGUUUUAUCUGACAAAAGGAGACAUUUGGGGUGCUAAAUCUGUAAUGAGUGAUGCAUUAAGAAAAUAUUGAUAAUAUUUUUUUGCCUCUUCUCUGGUGCUCCUUGAGCCACGUGAAUGGAAGUAUGUGGGGGUUUGAAAGUAAUUGGUCCCCAUAAGCUCAUAGGGAGUGGCGCUAUCAGGAGCUGUGGCCUUGUUGGAGAAAGUGUGUCACCGGAGUGGGGUCAAACUUUGAGAUAUCUUAUGCUCAAGCUACACCCAGUGACACAGACAGCUUCUUGUUGUCUGUAGAUCGAGAUGUAGAACUCUCAAUUCCUUCUCCAGCACCAUGUCCGCCUGCACACCUUUAUGUCCCACCAUAGUGAUAAUGGACUAAACCUCUGAAACUAUAAGCCACCCCAAUUAAAUGUUUUCCUUUAUAAGAGUUGCCAUGGUCAUGAUGUCUCUUCACAGCAAGAGAAACCCUAACUAAGACCAGGGGAUACGGUAGAGAUGUUCCACUUAGGGCUGGACACCCCACUGUUCCCUUCUCUCAGAGCCUCAGUCAGGUGCUCUGCAUUCUAUUCAGGGCUUUUGGUUGUGCUCAGUGUGAGGUGGUGUGAAUAUUCAUAUCUCAUAUUAGUUGAGAGAACACGGAACUUAAAUGUUUAAAGUUUUAUGUUUGUUUUUAAUCCAGUCAGCGAUUCUUCAUUCUUUUACCUUUGAUGUCAUUUACAUUGAAGAUAACCAUUGAGAGAGGUUUGCUAAAUUUUGUAAUCUUGGUUAUUCUUCGGGUUGAUUAGAUGUCCUCCCCCACAUCCCAUUGUUUGCAGGUUUACUGUGCUGGACAAGAUGCAGUCUUUCUGAUUCCUCCCCUGUUCAUUAUUCUCUCAUGGAUUGCUUUCUUUCCUGUGAUGUCACGACUGAGACUGUUCUUUUCUUCCUCUGCAUACAUUAUUCAUUUAGGUAUGUACUAGAUUAGUACUAGAUUAGUAGCCAUAACUGUCAGAAUUUGUGCUUGUCUUAAAAUGUUCUUAUUUUUCUGUCAAUUUUAAAAGAUAACUUUGUGGAUAUAGUGACAUUAACUGCGAUGAUUUACAUUUAGGGUUUUGGAUUCACCACCCCACACUUCCCUGUCACUUAGGGUUGCUGGUUAGAGACUGCAUGUUAUUUUGAUGUGUUCUCUUUUUUUUUUUGAGUUGAUGCUUCUCUUUACAGCUUUUAAUACAGUUGAUUUGCAUUCAUUUCUA